AUGCCCGACAAUUUGUCGGCAAUAUUUGAGACAAUAUUAGACUAUGCAGACGAAGAAGCGACCGCUGGUACAUCGAAUCAAGAUCAGGAACAAAAUCAAAGAAUUUCGACUAAAAACCACAAGAAUCUACUGAAAAAACAUCAAAAUGCUGUGGCUAUUCUCAGAAAUUUCGCCAAAUCCAAUGAGCAAAAAGAAGAAAUCUCAUUUCAAGAGCUUUCACAAAGCUUUCUAGACGAUUGGGAUGUGUCGAAUUCCAAAUCAAUAUCAAUUCAACAGCUAUCACAAUUAUUAAAUGCACCACAUAUUCAAGGAGUGUUAUGGGCCGCGCAAGAAGUGUCGGCUGGGAGAUUUGCACCGCAAUUACCAGAUGUUCCGUUUGAAGUUGAUGAAGAUGAUGGGGUUGCGGUGAAAAUUGUCCGAAUAGUACGACGAGGCGAACCACUCGGCGCCACGAUAAAAUGUGAACGUGGCAAAGUGUACGUGGCACGAAUAAUGGCGAACGGCGUGGCAGAUCGGAGCGGGUGUAUUCAAGACGGAGAUCGAGUAUUGGAAGUGAAUGGAGUGACUGUUGCAGAUAAGGAACCGAGGGAGAUUGUGAAAUUGUUGGAUAAAUGUGAUAAUGGCAUUAUAACUUUCAAAUUAAUACCUGCCGAAGUGAACCAAAAACUCAAGCAAAAACGUCCCGCUCACCGUUACGUACGAGCGCUGUUUGACUACGACCCAUGGCAAGACAGACGCCAUCCAUGUCCAGAAGCUGCCAUCUCGUUUCGCGCUGGCGAUAUUCUGGAGAUUCUCGACGAAAAAGAUCAGUAUUGGUGGCAAACCAGAAAAAUCGGAUUCGGAGCGCUGGCCAGGAGAAAAGAGAGUCAUGAUGAGGAGAAUCGAGAGGAAUCUAAAAAGGUCGGAUUGAUCCCAUCAGAAUGGCUACAGUGUCAAUCGGAAAAUCCGGAUAGUCUGGAGUCGUCGAACGAUUUUCAGACGUUUUUAGAGAGUCACAAAGAACGCUUCUACGAAGGUGUCUUCCGAUGGAGAAACAAGAAAAAACGACGGCGAGUCGUCGUGCUUCUAGGUGCUCCAGGUGUCGGUAGAAACGAGAUUCGAAGGCAGUUCUUCAAAGUUUUCGCAGACAGAUUCACAAAUGCAAUUCCACAUACAAGCAGAGCGCCAAGACCCAACGAAACGGACGGUGUCAACUACUAUUUCACGACGCGCGCCGAAAUGGAGCAAAUGAUUGAAUGGAAGGAAAUGCUCGAAUACGGCGAAUUCCGCGAUAAUUUAUACGGAACCGCACUUAAAUCUGUCAGACGUGCCAGCGAGAAGGGAACAGUGCUGCUGACACCACAUCCGUUAGCUAUCGAGAAUAUCCGCACGUGGGAAUUCGCGCCGAUUGUGAUUUUUGUGCAGCCGCCCGAGUUUGGCGAGUUUAAGCACACCCGAGAAGUCUACCGUGCCCAAACGACUCGUUCUCAUUCUGCCGCCUCCUCCACCAACAUUUCUCAGAAUACAGCAGCGACGAGUGCACGCGCCUUCUCCGACACAGAAAUUCGUCAAAUAAUAGAGAAUUCCGCACAAAUGGAGCAAAAAUACCGAGGAGUUUGUGAUGCGAUAAUAAGGAAUGUCGAUUUGGAUACAACGAUGAAUGAGUUGACUGGAUUAAUAUAUCAGCUGGAAUCGAAAGCCACGUGGAUGCCAUCGAAGUGGUUGGCUGAAAUUGGAGAAUAA